AUCUUCACUACACUCCAAAAACCAAAGCUUCUUCCAGCCACCAAAACCAGUGUCGUCAACGUGUACAAUUCCACAACCACUUUCUUUAUUUAUUUACGUUUUUUUUCUCUCUUCACCCCUUAUUCCUCACUCCACACACCCAUCACAAAAUCUUUCUCUUCAAUUUCUCUCUCUUCAUAUCUCUCCGCCAAAACCCAUGGGUCCGGUGGUGCUCAGCCAACUAGCCACCGGUCUGAGCGUGCUCGCCGGAGCGGUCAUCGUCAAGUCGGUCAUGGACCAGAAGCCCAUGGCCGGCCCAUUCACUCGCUGCCCCACCUGCAACGGAACCGGUCGAGUCACAUGCCUCUGUUCGCGUUGGUCCGACGGCGACGUCGGAUGCUCCACGUGUUCCGGGUCGGGUCGCAUGGCCUGCAGCAGUUGCGGCGGCUCCGGCACCGGUCGACCCUUGCCGGCCAAAAUCGCGAUUCGCCCUCCCAGCCGCCCCUCUUAAUCCCCCACCUCUGCUUUUAGCGUUAGUAUAAUAACAUUUUAAUAUAAUAUUAUAUAUAUAUGUAUACCUUUUUCAAUUUUAUUUCAUCUCAAUCAAUUGUUGUGUACCUAUUACUGUUAUUAUUUGCUCACAACUACCAUGUAAUAUAAAGUGCACGUUGACACUUGUAAUCAACACAGAGCUCAGAUUAUUAGUAUCCCUGUAAUUCUCAGAUUCUUCUCUUCGUUUUUGCUCUAA